AUUCUCUGGUAGCUUCUAGUUCUAUGGGAAAAAACGACGAGAGUUCUCUAUCUUUCCAGAUGAAUCUCCUUCCAUAUACAAAAGCACUCAUGCCUCCUCGCUCUCUCGCAAUUCACAAAGUUUCCAAACAUCUAAAGGUUUCAAUUUUACAACAUUAUCGUUACAAUCUACUUGAUUCUCUGCAAAAAGAGAGAGACUUGUCUGAGAAGAAGAAGAAGUCGUCUGAUUCAUUGAAGAAACUCUGCGAAUCAAACCCAGUUCUCAUAUCGUUUAAGGUAACUGAGCGCAACAUUGUUCUUCUUUCUGGGUUUAUGUUUUCUUCGAGAUUCGUUUUGGAUUACAAGGGCUAA